GACUCUGAGGCCCGCACUCAGCUGACGCAUCACAUAGGAGUCCUUGCCAUUUCUUGGGUUCAGGAACAAGGAGGCAGCACCAUGUGGCUGUGGUCAAGAGGCCUGCUCCUCCAGACGCUCAGGAGUGCCCGGGGAUUCUGUGGAUCUCACAGGCAGCCUCCACCUGCCCCUCAGAAGAUCGUGACCACCUGGGAAGCCAUCAGCCUGGGGAGGCAGCCGGUACCUGAGUACUUCAACUUUGCCCAUGAUGUGCUAGACACAUGGAGUCAGCUGGAAAAGGCUGGACAGCGACCCUUGAAUCCUGCGUUCUGGUGGGUCGAUGGCAAGGGAGCAGAGGUCAAGUGGAGCUUCGAGGAGCUGGGGGAGCAGUCCAGGAAGGCAGCUAAUGUGCUGAGGGAUGUGUGCGGCCUGAAGCCUGGAGACAGAAUGAUGCUGGUGCUCCCAAGGGUCCCAGAGUGGUGGCUGGUCAGUGUGGCUUGCAUGCGGACAGGGGCUGUGAUGAUUCCGGGCAUCUCUCAACUAACCGAGAAGGACCUCCUGUACCGGCUGCAGGUGUCCAGGGCCAAGUCCAUUAUCACCAAUGACUCCCUGGCUCCUAGGGUGGAUGCCAUUAGUGCCGACUGCCCCUCCCUCCAGAACAAACUGCUGGUGUCAGACAGCAGUCGGCCAGGCUGGGCAAACUUCAGAGAACUCCUCCGGGAGGCAUCCCCAGAGCACAACUGCAUGAGGACCAAGAGUCAAGACCCACUGGCCAUCUACUUCACGAGCGGCUCUACUGGAACCCCCAAGAUGGUGGAGCACUCCCAGGCCAGCUAUGGGCUGGGUUUCGUGGCCAGUGGAAGGCGCUGGGUGGCCUUGACAGAAUCAGAUAUCUUCUGGAACACAACUGACACUGGCUGGGUGAAGGCAGCCUGGACCCUCUUCUCUGCCUGGCCCAAUGGGUCUUGCAUUUUUGUUCAUGAGCUGCCUCGAGUUGAUGCCAAGCUUAUCCUGAAUACUCUCUCCAAGUUCCCUAUCACCACCCUCUGCUGUGUUCCCACCAUCUUCCGUCUGCUAGUGCAAGAGGAUCUUACCAGGUACCAGUUUCAGAGCCUGCGACACUGCUUGACUGGAGGAGAGGCCCUCAAUCCUGAUGUGAGGAAGCAGUGGAAGAACCAGACGGGCUUGGAGCUACAUGAAGGUUACGGCCAGUCUGAAACUGUUGUCAUCUGUGCCAACCCAAAGGGCACAAAAAUCAGGUCUGGAUCCAUGGGGAAAGCAUCCCCGCCUUAUGAUGUGCAGAUUGUGGAUGAUGAGGGCAACAUCCUGGCCCCAGGGGAAGAGGGGAAUGUUGCUGUCCGCAUCAGACCCACCCGGCCCUUCUGUUUCUUCAAUUGCUAUUUGGACAAUCCCGAGAAGACGGCGGCAUCAGAACAAGGGGACUUCUACAUCACAGGGGACCGAGCCCACAUGGACAAGGAUGGCUACUUUUGGUUCAUGGGAAGAAAUGACGAUGUCAUCAAUUCUUCAAGCUACCGGAUUGGGCCUGUUGAAGUAGAAAGUGCCCUUGCUGAACACCCUGCUGUCCUGGAGUCUGCUGUGGUCAGCAGCCCGGACCCUAUCAGAGGAGAGGUGGUAAAGGCAUUCAUAGUCCUUUCUCCAGCCUACACCUCUCAUGAUCCAGAGGAACUGACGCGGGAACUCCAGGAGCACGUGAAAAGGGUGACUGCUCCAUACAAGUACCCCAGGAAGGUGGCCUUUGUUACAGAGCUACCAAAGACGGUUUCUGGAAAGAUCCAGAGGAGUAAAUUGAGAAACCAAGAAUGGGGGAGAUGAGAGGCAACCCCAGAAGGCCCCACAGGAUCCCUGAAGCUUCUAAGGAGAACUGGGGAUCACUAGCUAACACCUGCUUGGGGCAUCCUGCCUUCAGCCAAAGGCCUUCAACUUCCAAGUGAGCAUCUCCAGAAUCAUGGAUGACUUUGGAAGGGAGGAGAAGCUCUUCACAGAUCCGACACUGUCCACUCUGACACUUGCUUAAUGAUUUGACUUAUCCUUUCUCUGGAGGCUUUUUGGCAGCUGCCUACUAGCCUAGCUUCUCCAGAGUUCUCAGCUGACCUCCUAAAGGGCACAUCACGUGUGAUCUUAUUCGCUGCCACUUAACCCUUUUGAAAAAGCCACUUG